AGUUGCUGCCGCCUUCGUAGCUCGGGGUUCUUCUCUUUCCACCGCCUCCCCACCCGCUCUCUCCUGUUCCCCAAGCUGGGUGAUCUAAAAUCUGUGACUCAGAGACUUGCAAUCCUGAUACUGCAACGUGUGGCUGGCGGAAAGGGAGAACAGACGGGGCUCUCUUGAUCCGAGCCAGGUACACCGCAGGACUUUUCCCCUCCCGUGUGCAGAAAGGAAACUGAUCAGGGUGACAACUGCACGCGAUAUUCUACAUUGCAAGAAAACUUCCUGCUUUCUUUCCAGGAGGCCUUUGGAGAUCGCUUCAGGCUUUGGUGGUUGAUUUUUGGUGCUUGUGUGUUGUUGUUGUUGUUGUAAUUGGGACUGAAAGAAAAACAAGGAAAAAAGCGAUGGGGACUAACCUUGCUUUUCUCUGACGCGUGGGAAAAGGAGGUGCUGAAACGACGUAGACUUCGGAAUUCCUGUACAUUACAGAGUUUAAAGUGGGCGGCCAAACAAACUGAAAUCUAUCUCCCACAUCUCUGCAUGGAUUAGACUGGAGAAGGAACAAAGCCUUUUGCUACCUUACUGUCUGUUUUGCUUUCUACAUGGGGUGGCUGUUGAUCUGAUCCUUUUGCCUGGGAGGACAGACUGAACCAUGAGUCUGCAGGCGCAGCCGAAGACUUCAAGCAAGAGGGCUGGGAAGCGGGUUGCCUUUUUCAAUGAACAAGGCGUCGUGCUGAAAGAGGCCCAGCAGCAGCAGCAGCUCCUCAAGGAAGGGCAGUACUACAGCCAUGGGGGGAAUGUGCCUUCCUCCCAAGCCAUGGAGCUUUCCAAGUCAGGUGUUUUCAGUGGAGUCCCCAGCAACGCUGCUUUGCUGAACUCUCUUUAUCAAGACCGAGGCGAGGUGAGGAUGAUCCCUCAGCAGUUGCCCACUGCCAAGUGGCAGAACUCCCUGAUAGGGCACCGGUUGCCUGAGCGGAGCGAUGCAGGUUGGCAGCCCCAGCCUGGAGGGUGGAAUCACGGGAUGGUUUACGGAGGCAGCCAGAAAGGGGGGCAUCCCAAUGCCAAUGUCCCGACUUUCUACAGCCACCCAGACGCCUUGAAAAGAAACCGGGAGAAAGGUAUGGUGGUGUCACAGCUAGACUUGUAUGGAGAUGUUGUCAAAGCUCAGUUGGAACAGCAAGUGCUGGCCAGGCAGCAAGCCCACAUGAAUCAAUAUCAGCAAAUGCAAAAGCAGCAGCAGCAGCAGCAGCAGCAGCAGCAGCAGCAACAGAAUCAGACCCUCCCUUUGCAGCCUUUCCAGCUUGCCUUUGGCCACCAGGGCCAGAAGCAGGGGCUUCCUGAGCUGCUGCACGUCUUUCAACAGCCUCCCACCUCUUCCAGCCCAGCCUUUACCGCCCAGCAGAAGCAACAAGCUCUUCCACAGUUGCAGCUAUUUGAAAACUUUUAUCCGCAACAGCAGCAGCAGCAGCAGCAGCUCCAUCAGCAGGCCGCGGCGCAAGCCUUUGGCAUGCAACAGCAGCCAGCGACCGUAGCGCAGCCUCAUGUGGCGGCCCCUCCCCAGCCCCCUCAGCAUCACAUGGCUUCCCAUCAAUUCCACCCAGUUCCUGAGAGGAACCAGGAGCUGCUCAAGGCCCUAACGGAGCACAACGCACAGGCCGUACUCCCGCAGGCUCAGAUCCCUCUCCCCAGGCGAUCGCGGAGGCUCUCCAAGGAAGGGGUCCUGCCGGUGUCUUCUGCAGAAGAGGCGUUGGCGUCGAAGCCACCGGAGGACUAUCCCGGCAAUGUGCUACCGCAUCACUGGCAACCGCCGCAGCAUCCAGAUGUUCAGUUUCGACAUCAGUCUGAAACGUUCAGUCACAAUAAGGAGAGUUAUUCACAGCUGACCAGAACAGAGCUGGACCGUGGGGAGAUGCAGAGCCAACCUGAAAUGGAGAAAGUGGGCCCGUACGAGCAUGCCGGAGAAGCGGAGAAGCAGGUGGCUGUAGCCGAUGGCAUUGGCCAGAGAACUAAUGACUUUGGUGGGGUUCGAGGAGGUGUCAUCCAGAGCACACGGAGAAGGCGACGUGUUUCUCAAGAAGCCAAUUUGCUAACCCUGGCUCAGAAGGCUGUGGAGCUGGCUUCUCUUCAAAACCUCGGAGAACCUGCAAUGUCAGAUGAAAAGAACAAGAGUGAGGCAGCAGCAACCGCACCAAGGACUGUGGUAGAAUUUGCCAGUUCUUCACCAGCCCCGAAGAGAGCUCGGGAGGACAGCAGCCUUGUGCCUCUCAUCAUUCCUGUGUCUGUGCCAGUGAGAAGGCUGGACUCCCAAGAUAUUGGGAGGGAGAAGAGUGAGGACGGAAAGCAGCAGCAGCGGUUCAUGACAAAUGACCGCGGCAUUUCUGAGAGCAAGGCGUCUGUCAUAGUCACCCGGAGGAGGUCCAAUCGCAACUUGAACGUCGACCCGUCGGCUCAGCAUGAAGGCACUUCUUCAAAAGAAGACGUGGAAGGUUUUGCACGAAAACCAAAGCAACGACCCAGACCAGAGCCCCUCUUCAUACCACCGAAAGCCGGCACAUUCAUUGCUCCGCCAGUCUAUUCCAAUAUCACACCGUAUCAGAGCCACUUACGCUCACCGGUCCGCUUGGCAGAUCACCCUUCCGAUAGGAACUUUGAGCUACCUCCUUAUACGCCCCCACCAAUACUCAGCCCAGUACGAGAGGGCUCAGGACUGUAUUUCAACGCCAUCCUUUCUGCUAGUGGUAACUCGGUUCCACCCCCCAUGACUCCUAAAAGUGCACACAGGACGCUGCUCAGAUCCAAUAGUGCAGAAGUCACUCCUCCUGUCCUUUCGGUAAUGGGAGAGUGUACUCCUGUCAGCAUUGAACCACGGAUCAAUGUGGGGCCGCGAUUUCAAGCAGAAAUCCCACCUCUCAGAGAUCAAUCUCUGGCAGCCUCCGACAGAGCCAAGGAGGAAUUGGUGUGGCAGCCAUGGGAGGAACUUGAAACCAAUGUGUCAACCCAAGAGAAUGUGGAGAAUCUGCUAACUGCUGCUUGCUCAAGUAUAUUUCCUGGCGGUGGUACCAACCAAGAGCUGGCAUUUCACUGCUUACAUGAAGCUAAAGGAAACAUUCUGGCUGCUCUGACCAAAUUGCUGCUGAAGAGAUCUGUGCGGUCACCAAGCCACCCACUGGCAGACUAUCACUACACAGGAUCAGAUAAGUGGAGUGCACUCGAGAAAAAGCUCUUCAAUAAAGGAAUUGCUAUCUACAAGAAAGACUUCUUCCUGGUUCAGAAGCUUAUAAAAACUAAGACUGUGGGACAGUGCGUGGAGUUCUAUUAUACAUAUAAAAAACAAGUCAAAAUAGGCCGAAAUGGGACCUUAAUCUUUGGGGAUGUUGACGCAGCCACUGAAAGAGCUGUUAAAGAUGAAGCUGAAGUAGAUAUAAAGAGUUCCCAUAGGCUUACGCGUACUCUUCCUCCCAGAACAUAUAAUGAAGAUUAUGAAAACACUGAAGAUGAGGAUGAAGAAGGAGAAAUGGAGGAUGAGUUGGCUAUAAAAGAGGAAGUCGUAGAAGGGAAUGAAUUGCAUGACAAGAACAGCACCAUAACACCUCCCAAACCCACACAGCCAUUACACACUGAGAACCAGGCUGGUAGUCUUCUUAUGGAAAGAUUCCAGGAACCUGGUAUUCCAAGAGGGGCUGAAGCCACAGGCAGAGCUUCAAGAAGAACAAAGGAGACACCCAUGAAAUAUCGGAAGACUUCUCCACCUGCACCGAAGAGAAGAAGAAAGCCCAAACCCAAACAAGAGACUACCAGCAAAGUCCAAAACCAAGAGGAGGAAUUUCCAUGUAAAAAAUGUGGCAGAAUCUUCUACAAAGUGAAAAGCCGCAGCGCUCACAUGAAAAGCCAUGCUGAGCAGGAGAAAAAGGCAGCAGCUCUGAAGCUGCGAGAGAAGGAAGAGGCAGAGGCGGCGGCGGCAGCGGCGGCAGCAGCUCGCAGACAAGCUCAGCAUGAGGAAAGCAGCGAUAGCGGAAGCUCUAGCGGGGGAAGCAGCAGUAGCAGCAGCUCCGACGAAGAUGGAGAAGUCUAGCCAAGGGCCCGAAGCGGUCGAGAGUGCAGUCAGGCUGGAGUCUCUGAUCCUCGUGAUACUUUUCCAUCUGUACCUGUAUUGUUCCUCCAGCCCUCUUGCUUCCACUUCCUUCCUUGCCUUGCCUAACAAAGACUGAGUUGAACUGAUGGAUUUUAAAAGAAAAAGUGUGACCUUGAAAUUUCUAUUUUUUAAAGAAAAACCAAAAUUUUAUGAAUAACAUUUAUUUAUAAAUAACUGUUUUAGUACCUAAUUAUGGAAUGGAAUUCGGUUUUCUUUCAGUUCAAGCCACCAUGGCAUCUACAUUUGAGACAGAAGUCUGCUGAAGCAUCUGGACAUUGAUACAAGUGACUCUGGGAAUUUUACUUCGAGAAUCCAUACUGUUUCCUUUGACUACUUCCUUCUCUUGUCUCCAAAUUUUCUUUGUUACUCAACAUUCACUGACUGUCUCAAUCCAUUUAGUUUAGGGACAGAUUCCAGAUUCCUGCAAAUGAGCACGGGGUUGGACUCAAUGGCCUUGCAGGCGCCUUCCAACUCUGCUAUUCUAUGAUUCUGUGUUUUCUGUCAGUCCUACCAUAUGAGAAUUAAUUGUCCACAACAGGUCGGUAUCCUUCUGGUAGUGAUCAGUGAACAGCCUUGCUGGGAGACAUGUCUUUUUACACACAGGAAGCAGUGUAGCCAGUAUUCAUUCAGUCUCAGAGCUGGCCCUUCACUGUUGAAUUUGGAAAUGCUACGUAGGGCUGACCAUAUUUUUGUACACUUGUUACAA